UAGCCUCCGACAUGGCCGAAGGCGUACUGUGUGAUGAGGUGAACGGGAUCUCUGCCUGCGAAAUGAAAUGGCAACUCAUCUCGGGCGUGGGGAAUACCGUUAGAGCGACAUCACAGGUCCUGAUGUGUGAACUUGCCAAAGAGCUUCGUUGCUUGCCUUUGGAAAGCCGGGAAGAACUCGAGAGCCACGUGUCCCAAGUCAUUGAUAAGAUAGUGAAUGCUUCUGCCGAGAUCAUCUUGUGCGAAUUUUUUGGCUUUGUAGAGAACCUGUUUGAAGAUCUUCCCUCCAGGGUAUGUAAAUAUAAAAUGGAGAUCAAGCGGCUAAACGAACUCCUGAACCGUCUUCAAAAUGUAAGCGAACCAGUGCGGAAACGUGCGCGUGGCGAAACCGACGUCUGUUCACUAUACCCCACCAGUCGAAGAGAAGACGUCCAGGACCGAGGAGUCGAAGGCAUACUGGGUGUGCAGCAGCGAGGGGACGAGGCUGACAGGGAGAAAACCUCAGGAGAAGAGCGGACUGAAGAGGGAGACGCCACACAUUAUCUGAUUAUUAUUACACAGCGUUUGCUGAUGUUAAGGAGAAUGUGUGACACCGGCAGACAUAGCGGAGGUAACCCAGGACCUGUAGCUUACACUGAAGAAUCGAACGCUCUUGCUGAAGCAGGAAUCAUCAGGAAGGAUGAAUGUCCAAGUUCCCCAGGGCCCAUUCAUUCAGAUUCUACUCAAGAUGGAGAGGAUACAUCUAAACAGAAUUCCUGCCUGGAGAAAAAUCCAAACUCUCCUGAAUACCUGCAUAACAAAAUAAACCAAACGGAAAUUGUGACAGAUGACCUCUCAGAACAAGCACCUGCUAAAAUGGAGGUGAACCCUGCUGAUUAUACAGCAGUCCACACAGCUGAGAACAGCCAUGGGCAGAGGGGUGUACAUUUUAACACUGAUCUGGGUGAGGUGGACGUUGUGCCUCAUCAGAAUAUAAACCCGGAAGGGUCUGAUGUGUGCGUAGAGGAAAGACCAUUGGGAGAGGGUCACCAAACUGCAAGUGUGAACAAGGGGAACAAGAAAUGUGAUCAGAAGUGCAUAAAGUGUGGGAGAAUAUGCGGGUCCGCAAUAGCACUAAGUAUGCCUCAUCAUGAGAACCCUGAAAGAAGCCAACAAAGCUCCUCAGUUAAAAAGGACAGAUGUGUUGUUGGCACUAAAAAAGCAGCUAAGAAAAAAGUUAAAAAAACAACUACAAAAAAGCUUGAAAGCACAGAGUUAGUUAGUUGUGAGAAAUGUAAAAUUACCUUCCCUGGAGUCGGUCGUUUGCAGAAUCACCAGAAAUAUCACACCGGAGAGCAUCGCCAUCUUUGUACAGUAUGUGGAAAGAGCUUCCCUAUAUAUCUGCAUCUAAAGCUGCACAUUUGUGUUCGGACUGAAGCAAAUAACAAGCAGCACUUUCAAAAGAACAAAUGAGACUCCUAAGAAUUAGAUGAACUGUAAAAGCAGACUGCAUGGUGGGGAAGAAAGUAAUAAAGAGUAUCCCUGGCAAUGUCUUGAACCCGAAAGAGAAACAUUAACACUGCACUGAUGAAUGUGCUUUGAUCCUCGAAUGAGGUGGGGUGUCGUGCGCUGUCCAGAAUCGAGCUGUAACAUCUAUUAAUGUAGGGAACAAUUAUAUUAAUAACAGAGUGAAAAUA